AAAUCGGCCCCCACAUCGAACAAUCGGAUCCCGGAGACAAUCUGAAGACGAGGCGUUUCCAGUCGCUGUCUGGUCUGCUGUGCCUUCCUGGCCGUCUUCUGUUGCCGUUCCCCUUGUUUGGAAUACGGACGAAAACGCUAAACGGAUAGUUUCCCAGCACAAUAUAUCAUGGAAACAGAGGAAAAAUCCUGAAACGAAGAUCAAAAGAUAACGAACGCGAGGGAUAUAACGACGAAUGGACAUUUUAAUAGUCGGGAACCACGAAACGGAUGUUUCCCUGUCCAGAAACUGUGUGUUACCAUCGAGGAGACUUGCGGUCCCGGGAUGUCCCAUAUAACUGCGCUAAACUCCGAUUAGGCAAAUGUAUGCGGCGCGUGCUUUGGAACAAAGGGAAAACAAAGUUUGAUGUGAUUUGUUAAUUUGGUUUGUUACUACAGACACAGACUCUCAGUAGUCAGAUUUCACAGUCAUCAGCCGGUUACAUUUGAUGCUUCCUGCUGAAGGGAAAAAAAGCAGUGAAGGUUAACGCAAGACCUUUAAGUUUUAUACUAUUUUUGCCAUUCUAAAAUGAUGCUUUUGAUGCUGUAUUGAAAAAAAAUGUGUGAUGCUGGACUCUCCAAAGCACAAAUAUUAUUGCCUGACUGCAGCCUGAAGCCUAGCUCUACAAGUAACAGAGAAUAAAUCCGAAUAUAUUGUCUUUGAAGAGGAGGAGAAAAGAAAAACAUGGCAGUUCAAGGCCGAAUAACAAUUCUUGACGUUGGACUGAUUGCAAUGGUGGUUCUUCUGGGUCCUGUGGCUGCUGCACAGGGCGAGCAGAGGGAGUGUGCGUAUGCAGAACAGCUGCAGUCUCUGGACAAGCCGAUUGGUGGACAUGUUGAGGGGCGUGUCUUUCAUGAGAACUCCACCAUUCGCUGUAGUCACGGAAAUCACUGCUUUGGAUUCUGGGUGAAAAAAAAUAAUGAAAUCCAACUAGUGAAGCAAGGUUGCUGGACAAAUGUUGGUGACCAUCAGGAGUGCUAUGACCACUGUGUGGUGACCAACACACCGUCAGGUGCCCUGAAUGGAACUUCUCGAUUCUGCUGCUGCGACAAAGACAUGUGCAACCUAAACUUCACAGAGAACUUCCCACCUCCUUCCCCGACCACCACACAGCCUGUCCAAUCAGUGUACAGAGGGGAAGCCAUCGUUUUCGCUUUAGCAACUGUGUCCAUGGUUGCCGUCCUCAUCAUUCUGAUUUUUUUUGUCUACCGCAUGCUAAGAGGACGUGGUAAACACUCUUUGCAUACCUUGGAUAUUCUGGAGACAGCGCUUUCCCCUCCUUCUCUGGAUUUGGACAACCUCACACUACUGGAGCUGAUUGGCCGGGGCCGGUAUGGAACAGUGUAUCGCGGUUCGCUGGAGGACCGAUCUGUGGCUGUGAAAUUUUUCAUUUCCGCUAACCGUCAGCAGUUUACUAACGAGCGUAUGAUUUACCGCCUCCUCCUGGAUCACGAGAACGUAGCACGCUUCUUAGAGAGCGAGGAACGUGUCGGCACAGAAGGCCGGACGGAGUUUCUUCUCUUGCUGGAGUUUUACCCUCAUGGCUCUCUGUGCACGUAUCUGAGCGGGCGGACUGUGGACUGGCUGAGCUGCUGUCGUUUGGCUCUGUCUGUCACCAGAGGGUUGGCGUACCUGCACACGGAGAUACAGAGAGGGGACUUGUAUAAACCGGCCGUGUCCCACCGGGAUCUGAACAGUAGGAAUGUACUGGUGAAGACAGAUGGCUCAUGUGUGAUCAGUGAUUUUGGACUUUCCAUGGUUCUGACGGGAAAGAGACCACCCGGGCACGGAGAAGAGGAUAACAGUGCCAUCAGUGAGGUGGGUACAGUGCGAUACAUGGCCCCAGAAGUGCUAGAAGGGGCAGUGAAUCUGAGAGAUUGUGAGUCGGCACUGAAACAAGUGGAUGUUUAUGCGCUGGGUCUGCUUUACUGGGAGACCUUUAUGCGUUGUGCUGACCUCUUCCCAGGUGAGACAGUGCCAGCGUUUCAGAUGGCUUUUCAAGCAGAGUUGGGCAAUCACCCUACCAUAGAGGACAUGCAGGUACUUGUGUCGAGAGAAAAAGAAAGACCCAAAUUCCCAGAGGCCUGGAAAGAGAAUAGCCUGACGGUGCACUCUCUGAAAGAAACAAUGGAAGACUGCUGGGAUCAGGAUGCUGAAGCUCGACUGACAGCUCAGUGUGCAGAGGAGAGACUCACUGAACUUCUCCUUAUCUGGGAUCGAGAAAAAUCAGUCAGUCCUGCUCUCAACCCCAGCACUGCACUGUAUAAUCACAGGAAUAUCUCUACUGGAAGGCAGACACCUAAGGUGGGUUCUUUCCUUGAACACUCAUCCACAAACACUGAAAACCGUGAGGGUGCUGAUAAACCCCUCCACAAUGACACCUCAGUGGACACACCCUCAGUGGGAGGGUCUAACCCUGCAGAGAAGAACAGGAACUGCAUCAACUACGAGUGGCAGCAGGCCCAAUCACGGCAGUCUGGCACAGAAAGCUCCUCCCCCACUCCGGUCUCAGAGUCCUGCAAUAACACUCAGCCUCCACCAGGAGGCAACAGUAGCCCCUUCUGUGCUCAGCUGACUCGGGAAGACCUGGAAACACUAAAACUGGACCCAAAUGAAGUCCAAAGGAACUUGAGGGAGAGCUCAGAUGAGAGCCUAAUGGAACAUUCGCAGAAACAGUUCUGCUCUCCGGAAACGAAAGCCUCGCACGGCCCGUUCUACACCCUCACGAAGAAGGCGUCUGAGGUUUCGGGGUCACAGGGUUCCAGUCGGGCUGCUGACACCCCUGUAACCAUCUUACCAAAGCAGCAGAAUGUCCCUAAGAGGCCGAGUAGCCUAAAUUUCCAUGCCAAGCCUUCUGGGAAAACACCCACCUCAUCAUCUUCAUCACUACGGAUGAAGUUUGGAAAACUCGGAAAAUCGAAUCUGAAAAAAGUUGAGACGGGUGUGGCUAAAGCCAGUGUGGUGACCACAGCACAUGAAGCCAGGCCAGUUACAGUUGCCAACAACGAUGCUGUGGUAGUUGUGAAUAAAUAUGCGACUGGAGCAGCACCUGAGCCAGCAGCAAGCCCAGCCAACGCCGCCGAUGUUCGUUGGAAAGGCGCCAUGAGUUCAGAGGAUUUGACCUUCGGCCUCUUGAACACUAGCCCUGAUGAGCAGGAGCCUCUUCUGAGAAGAGAGGCGCAUCCUGACAAUGCAAACAACAAUAACAGCAAUAACAACAAUGGCGAAGGAGAGGGCGAUGGAGACACUGAGGGAGGAGGAGAAGGAGGAGAGAACAGUGAGAGUGUUGGUCCAACAGGGGACGCUCCAUUGUCUUCUACCGUGGAGCCUGUUGCACUGCCUGACCCUUGUCCUGCCCCAACUGUGGUUCCUCCGCAGGCCCAAACCCAAGCUCAGACACAAGGAGAGGCCCUGCUCAGACAGAACCGUGUGCGCAGACCCGAGAGACCCAACUCACUGGAUCUGUCCAUCACCACACUGCCAUUACUAGGAGGCAAGUCUGCCGGCGACGUGACAGAGGGAUCAGGAGAUAAAAUCAAGAAGCGCGUGAAGACGCCUUACGCUCUGAAGAAGUGGCGUCCUGCCAGCUGGGUUAUCACCACGGAUACACUGGAUGCUGAAGUCAACAACAACAAACAUCAUGGAGGGCCCGGGCAGAACCAGAAUCAGGCUGGUACCAGCAGACCUAAAUCAGCCUCGGCUGUGUAUUUAGGUAGUCGAGGAGGAUCUCGCUUCUCAGAUCCUAAUGACUGUGACUUUUGAACCUCACUUUGAUCUUGAAAAACAGGCUAAAAAUAUAUAAACAUUCAACUCUACAGCUCUAAAAGUUUGAAGGCUGUGGAGACUGAUGUGAACUGUGGACUGGACCAUAUACAUGUCUUAAAUUUAACCCCAGUUGUAAGCACAGUAAGAGUCUUAGUGGCUUUACAUUGAAAAGAGCUAUGCAGCCAUCUUUUAGUUUAAUGUUUGUAUGUUUUUGUGUUAAUUAAGUCACUUUUUUUUUGCUAGAAGCUAUAAAUCAUAAUUAUUUUGACCAUUCAGAAUGGUCCCUAAUAUUAAACCAGUGUACAACUUCAUCAUCACACUCCCAAGGUCAUGGAAAACCUGGAAAUAUCAGGGAAUUUUAAAAUUCUGAUUACUAGACCUGGAAAAAAAGGAAACAAAAUCUUAAAGAAAUAGACAUUUCUAAAGUCAAUAUUAAAGGGUUAGUUUACCCAAAAAUGAAAUUUCUGUCAUUAAGUACCGGCCAAUACUGAGCCCGCAUUCGGACAUAACACUGAAGCUCUGCAAUGAAAAUAGUGUAGCAGAGGACAGACGAAUUUGUUGAAUAUAGUCAUUAUUUUUGUUUUGUUUUUGCGCACAAAAAGUAUUCUCGUCACUUUAUAAUAUUAAGGUUGAACCACUGCAGUCACGUCAACGGUUUUAAUGAAUUGUGACCUCAAAAGGUGCAAUGUCGUUGCUGCCUAUGUGUGGAUCAGAUACCCUCGGAUUUCAUCAAAAAUAUCUUAAUUUGUGUUUCGAAGAUGAACGAAGGUCUUACGGGUUUGGGAUGACAUGAGGGCGAGUAAUUAAUGACAGAAAUUUCAUUUUUGAGCGAACCCUUUAAUUAUGCUCAUCUCUCUCUUUGUGAGUGCAACAUCUAUAAAACUAUUGAAAAUAUAAAAAGAGUAAUGAACAUUAACAUUAAUUUUAAUAAUUUUGCAUGAAAGGUGACAAGCUUUCAUUUUUACCCAUGCAGACCUGAAAAAUAUGUUUACGUUCUCCAAUACUUUCCCAUGCACAGAUUUAUGAGACAAUAUUACUGAAGUUCCCGCAUGACUGUGGUCAUGGCAUCUGACACUUGUAAGCGCUGUUGUUUGUGCAAAACCUAUUCCAUGACUGACAGCAGGCUUCCCCUUCUAAGGUCAACACGCUAUAAAAAGCAAUUCAACACAUUUCACUGUGGUGGCACUAUCUAUCUCUCAGCAUCAGACACUCAAGACUGCAACAAGACGAUGUUUAGAAAUACAGAGACCAUGGCAGCAUCUGAUAUGAUCACACAUCUCGCUCAAGCUUUACUCAGAGACAAAGACAAAGCUGCACUGGGUCUGGUCAGCUGACUCUUCUGGAUCCUGUUAAAAUGUCUAAUGAUGCUUUGGACCUACUUACUUACUUAUUUUUCUAUGUGUGAGUGAGUGUGCAUGAGCGCACAAGAUCAGUUCUUCGGGUGUUUGUUCCUGUGUCUGUGUCUCGUCUCUAAUCGUGUGAAAGGUUUUUGUGUUGCAUGUUUGUAUCUAAUCUUGUGGGGAUGUGCAUCUUCAUACGCACUUACGUUUGAUGAACAAGGAGACAACAAAGGGCAAAAGUCUAGUAAGUUACGUAAACAUAGUCUUUUUCAAAGCACAGCACACAAGAGCAGCAUUUUACGCUAUGCACAAAGACAUGAAGCAAGCAGCUCUGGUCUGAAAUCAAACCUUCUUGUGUUCCCAAAAUGCUCUGGCAUGUCAGUGAUAAUUGAUUGGACGCUGUUAUUAUAAUCAUAUAAACAGAGUCCCAUAUUAUCCUCACCUUAACUGACUGUUGCAUGUCUUAAAUGCAUCUUAAAGAGCACAAGAUACUUUCAGCUGCGACCCUGGUGUGUUUAUGCAUAAGUGCAUGUAUGCGUGGAUGAGUGUUUGUAUGGUGUUACUCUCUUGUUAACACAAUCGUUGUAAUCGUAGUGUCGUGAUCAAUCAUUUUAUUACCCCUUGCUGAAACAUUUUGAAAAUUGUGAUUUGUAUAAGAAGGUGCAGACUGUAAAAGUGUAUUGUUAUCUGCAGAUUUAAAUUAAAUUAUGCUUUGCAUUUG